AUGUGGGAAAAUACUUCUUCAAACAGCAACUAGCUGCUUAAAGUUAUAGCCACUGAGAGCGCCAUAACAAGACUCUUGAGAAGAUGUGUCGGUGACUGCCACUGACUGGUGGGUGACACUAGGUCGUGCAAGGACUAUCAUGGCGCCGUCUUCAAUCGCUAUCCUUGGUGGUGGUUUGACUGGCCUUUCUGCAGCUUUUCACCUUUCACGUCGGUUUCCAACAACUCAGAUUACUCUGCUGAACAAGGAUAUUCACUUUGGCGGAUGGGUACAUUCUAGGCGUACUAAGAUUACCCUUAAAGACGGUCGCGAGACCACCGUGCUUUUGGAAGCUGGCCCGCGUACUCUUAGACCAAAUUCAAAGAGUAUCCUCGAAUUGAUUAACCUCUUGGACCUAUCGCCAUCACUUCUAACUGUUUCGAAAUCAUCCCCGGCCGCUCGAAAUCGCUUCUUGUCUCUACCUGGGGCACAAGGUCUCCUUCACAUUCCUUCAUCUCCGUUCAGCCUUCUUACUUCCGUGCUUUCCCCAAAAUCCUCUCCUUUGCAUUCCCCCCUUGGCCAUAUCCUUCUUUCAGCGGUCGCACGGGAGCCAUUUCGCCCAUGGAACAGGCCCUCUACGAUUGAGGAUGAGUCUGUAGACGAAUUUUUGAGUAGGCGUUUCGGGAGCGAAUUUGCAAGGGUUUUCGGAAGUGCACUUGUGCGCGGCAUUUAUGCAGCGGACUCUCGAGAACUGAGCGUCCGCGCGGCGUUCCCAUCGCUUUGGGACGCCGAAGAACGCGGUCGUGGCUCUUUGGUAACUGGGUUUCUCCGGCCGUCCAGAGCUCCUGUAAUAGCGGAAAUCGAUGACGCUCCAUAUCAGUUGGGGGGCGUAGACCAGCAGAUGCGCGGAAUAUCUGUGUAUUCGUUCUCGCAAGGGAUCGGUGAGUUAGUAAACGCACUCCUGCGAGACCUGAGGACGCGCCGGAACGUGCGCUUACUUGGCGGAGUGUCCGCGACGGCACUCCGAAUGAACCUGAGAACUGCACAGUUCGAAAUAACGACAUCGUCUUGCGAAACAGUGCGUGCAACACACGCUGUUUCAGCUGUACCUCUCCCGAGUCUGAAAGGGCUACUCUCACCCAAGACGCCAUUGCCCCAUCUGACUGCCAAUCCCUAUUCAUCGGUGACAGUCGUGAACCUCGUGUUCCUAGCGCCUCCAGGGCAUGCACUCCACCCCGUGGGGUUCGGGUAUCUCGUGCCCCGAGCAGCGUCUGGGCAUGCGGAAAACGCGAUCCUGGGUUGCGUAUUCGAUUCCUCGUCCAUGUCGGAACAAGAAGCGCCGUGGAGCGCAGAGAUCGUGAAAAUGACUGCGAUGCUCCGUGAGCCUGUGGCCUCGGUCCCUCGCCUUAUAGAGACGCUCUCUGAGCAGUUGGGCAUCCGUCUGCCUGACCCACUCCUCGUGAGGGUGCAGAAUAACGCGCAUUGCAUCCCCCUGCUGCGUGUGGGGCACCUCCAGCGGAUGCAGGAACUGAGCGGCGUGCUUCGGGGAGAGCCAUGGAGCGGUAAGCUGGAGGUGAUUGGCGCCGGUGUAGGAGGUGUGAGCGUUGGUGACUGCGUAGAAGCUGGGAGGCGCGCGGGCAGGAGUUGGGCAUAGGGUUUCUUCAUUACCCUGUGGACUGAAGCAGAUGCUGUAUGACUUUUACGUCAGGCAUUAGCUGUGUUGGACAUUGUUUUUUUCGUCCCUUUGUGACUUUUAUGAAGCGUUGGCGUAGCCCGUAAUUUGUCGGAUCCGUGCGCGCUUCAUAACUGUCGCAUCCUCAUGUUUGUCAUGCGACAGCUACUGCCACUGACAUCACUUAUUUCAACCCAUAGUUAUUGUUUAUAUCAACAAGAUCUCACGCGAGCUAUGCAUGUGGACAGGGAUGACCGUGAUUACGACAAGGUUUGACGCUUAUUGUAUCGGAUCAGGCAGGACCCAAU